ACAGUUCCCCCCUCGCCCCCCUCCCAUACCGGGAGCCUCGCCGGGAAGGGCGGAGAGAAAGAAGAUUCGGGAAGAUCUCUGGGUUGGCUCAUUUUGGAAAGGCUGCUAGAUCGCUCCCACCCCCACCCCGGGCUGGUCCCAGGAGGGGCGGCCUCUCCCCGCCCUCCGGGCCGCGCGGCCCACUCCCUCCUCCCCCGGUUGGAGCCCCGGCCAAGUGGGUGCGCCCGGCCCGGACGGGGAUCCGGUGUCGGCUGCAGCUGAGAGUGCGGCGGUCGGGCGCCAGAGCAAGCGGCCCGCGGGCCGGCUAUUAAUAACGCGACCGCCAAGCCCCGGGUCGCGCAGCCAUGGCCAGCCCGGAGCCCCUGCGCAGCGGGGAUGGCGCCACCCAAGCCGCGAGGGAAACAAAAGCAGAGGCCAAGUCUCCUCUUCAGGAGGAGAAGAACUCUGAAUUCCUGAAUGAGGUGGAGACCUUGAACCCAGAGGUUACUCUAUCUUCGGAGGGAACCUUGAACCUAGAGGACAUUCUCUACCUGGGAGACACAGGUGACCUCGAUGAGACACUGUUUGUGGAAGAGAAGCCAGAGGAGACACUGUAUAUUGAGGAGAUUGUGCGGCCAGAUGAGGCAUUGUACGUGGAAGAGCCCGUGAAGCCAGAGGAGGCACUAUAUGUGGAAGAGACUAGGCAGCCAGAUGAGAGACAGUUUGUGGAAGAGCCCAUGAAACCAGCAAAGGCCACAACCCCAGAGCAGAUCGAACAUGUGGGAGAGAUGGUCACGAGGGAGGAGAACUCUAACCCUGAGGUGAGCCUCAGAGCUGGACCCUGCCCCCACACAGAGGAGGCCCUGAGCAUAGAGGACCUGGAAUUGCUAGAGGAGCGUUUCCAGCAGUGUGUCCAAGCUGUGGCCCAGCUGGAAGAGGAGAGGGAUCAGCUCAUUCAUGAGCUUGUGUUGCUCCGGGAACCAGCCCUACAGGAGGUACAGCAAGUCCAUCAGGACAUCCUGGCUGCCUAUAAACUGCACGCCCAAGCAGAGCUGGAGCGAGAUGGGCUGAGGGAGGAGAUCCGGCUGGUCAAGCAGAAGCUGUUCAAGGUAACAAAGGAAUGUGUGGCCUACCAAUACCAGCUCGAGUGCCGCCGGCAGGAUGUGGCCCAGUUUGCUGAUAUCCGGGAAGCACUAACUACACGGGCAUCCCAGCUCUCAGAAGAGCUGGCCCAGGCCAAGGAUGCUUAUCAGAAGCAGAAAGAGCAGUUGCGACAACAACUAGAAGCACCUCCUAGCCAGAGGGAUGGGCACUUUCUCCAGGAGAGCCGGCAGCUCUCUGCCCAGUUUGAGAACCUCAUGGCAGAAAGCCGCCAGGGCCUGGAGGAAGAGUAUGAGCCUCAGCUGCUGCGGCUCCUAGAGAGGAAAGAAGCUGGGGCCAAAGCUCUACAGAAAACCCAGGCCGAGAUCCAGGAGAUGAAGGAGGUUCUGAGGCCCCUGCAAGCUGAGGCCCGGCAGCUUCACCUGCAAAACAGGAACCUGGAGGACCAGAUGACACUUGUGAGGCAAAAACGAGAUGAGGAGGUGCAGCAGUACAGGGAGCAGUUGGAGGAAAUGGAAGAACGAAAGAGGCAGUUAAGAAGUGGGGUGCAACUCCAGCAGCAGAAGAACAAAGAGAUGGAACAGCUAAGGAUCAGCCUCGCUGAAGAGCUCUCAACCUAUAAGGGCUGUUUAGAAAUCUAUGGCCGAAUUUGUAACCCAGAAACAACAAAAAAACACUUCUUAGCAAAGGAUCACUAAGUACCCUUUGGACAUACUUUCUUCCAGACAGACAAGAGAGUGCCUGGGACUUGGCAGACAAUUUGCCCUGUGAAAACUACAAAUACUGGCUGAUGUAUUUAAAAAGGUUCUAGGAUUGGCUGGAAACAGAAUACCAGUCAACCCAUGGUGGGAUUCUAUCUCAUAGGCUACUGGUACUGACCUCAGUGCACUGAGAACAGAAAAGUGAGCCUCCUGUCCUCCAGCAGCAGCCCUCACCUCCACACCCAGUGAAGGAUGAAUAUACAGACACACCUUGCAGUGUGAAGAAUGUACCUUGCCUUGCGUUGACCGAAAUCAAACCCUCCCCCAUUUUUGGGGUGGGGGGCAGAAAUGGGGUCAAAAAGGCAGCUGAUUUGCAUUAUAUGUGUUUACAAUUUGAAUUCUUUUGUGCCAUGAGUAUUAGACUUUAAAUGAAGGAACCAAUUCAGAUUUUAACCUAAAAAUUAAGGCUGUUCAGAUUUUCCUAGAGGUCUUAACUUAUGAAAAUGGUUUUGGAUUAGAAUGAUUUAGUUGGUUAAAAAAAAAGUGACUGGUAAAGAACCAGGCAUUUCAUCCAAUUAUGGCGCUUGGUGAUAAGGUUUCAGUGUCUGCCUACUAUCUCUGUCCUCUAAGUACAGGCCCCAGCAGAAAACAUGCUGGGGAGAUUCAACCUCUCUGAGAAAAGGUUCAAGCACCUUUUCCAAAUUUAAAUUUUGCCUUAAAUUCUCUCUACCACACUGCCUUUGACAUUCUUGAAAGCCCAUGUAGUUCUUUGGGGAAGGAUGCGCAACAGACUUCAAAAGUUUUUUUUUUAAAAUCAAAGAAUAAUCCAUGAACCUCUGAUUCAGUGUUUUAUGUCUUUCACUUUCCUGGGGAAGGAAUAAAAAGCUUUUUUUUUUUUUA